GGCGGACAGCGAGUUCUCUCCUAAGUUCGCUCCAUUCUUCUCCUUUGCAGGAAUUGCAUCGGCUGUGAGUAUCGCGUGAACAAUCCCCGUGACCUGUGACCGCCCACUAAUGACCACUGUGACAAAGAUGAUUUUCGGAUGUAUGUGAGCUUGGGUUUUCAACGGAAUGGAUCGACUGGGGCCGGCGCAUUGACUUACUUGAUUACAGCAUUGGGAGCAGCAUAUGGAACAGCCAAAUCUGGAAUCGGUAUCGCCGGUGUGGGAACCUUCCGUCCUGAUUUGAUUAUGAAGUCUUUGAUCCCCGUCGUCAUGUCCGGUAUCAUCGCCGUCUAUGGCCUCGUCAUCGCCGUCCUUAUCGCUGGUGAUAUGGACCCUCCCCCGACCCGGAACAUGAGUCUUUACACUGGAUUCAUGCACUUGGCUUCUGGAUUAUCGGUUGGCCUCGCAGGCGUGGCUGCCGGAUACACUAUUGGAAUUGUGGGAGAUGCGGGCGUGCGUGCGUACAUGCAACAAUCGAGGGUUUAUGUCGGCAUGAUUCUGAUCCUCAUUUUCGGCGAGGUUCUUGGUCUUUAUGGGUUGAUUGUUGGUCUUAUCCUCAACUCGAAAAGCUCCGGUUAGAGGAGUUCGGCUGGUCGUGAUCCCAUUUCUCUGUUUCCGCACUUGUUGACCGUUUUCGCUCGGGUCAACUCCCUCCAACCCUAACUACGCCUCGUGAACUCGAGUAGGACGCACUCUGGGCGGGCUUACCAGACCGAAGCCUGAACCCGAAUGCGUUAGACUUCACAUGCACCCAUGAUAUCCAUAGUCAGUGGUGGCCUCAGAUGGUGGUGGCCAGGGGAGUGUGUGGCUUUGAUGUACUAGUACUUGGUUUAGAUGUCUAAACAGCAAGCAUGCAAUCCUCAAGAUUAUUUCUAGUCGACUGA